CCACACAUCCGGUGAAGACGAAAUCGGGAGUUCCCGGGAAGAAGGACUUUCACUUUGUGAGUUUUCAUGUUCUGGAUUAUACUUUCCAGCUGCGCAUCCGUAUGUCUCCGCACAUUUCCAAGAGAUACCUGCGCAUAUAGAUCCUUCCUCAGAGUACAAAGUCCUCAAAUCUCCUUUGGUACAAAGAGACAAAGAUGAGCUGCUGUGGUCUUUUGACUGCCCAGAAGGAACCAGUUCCUCUGAAGAGUGUGGAGGUGGAGGUGGAGGUGAGAGACCAUGUGGCUACAGUGGUCUCCACUCUGAACUAUGAGGACAAGGAGGACAAUCCACUGGAGGCUGUUUUUGUCUUCCCUCUGCCCGGAGAUGCUGCUGUCUGUCAUUGCAGUGCUACGAUCGGACAGAAGCAGAUUGUAGCUGAGGUGAAGGAGAAACAGGAGGCUCGUGACCAGUAUGACGACGCUUUGAGCUGCGGGCAGCAGGCCUUCCUAUUUGAGGAGGGUGAUCAGAGCACAGACGUGUUCUCUAUGACUGUGGGCAUUCUGCGUCCAGGAGAGAGCGCCUCCAUCAGGCUGGAGUACGUCACUGAGCUGGAUGUGCAGGAUGAUGACGGGCUCAGGUUUUGUCUGCCUGUGGUGCUCAACCCUCGCUACCAACCUCAGGGUAGUGAAGGUCCCAGUGUCCAGGUGACCUCUGUUCCAGCCUUUCUGGUGCCCUACACUCUGGCUUUCUCCGCCCGAGUGUCCUCUCCUCGUCCAGUCUCUAAGGUGGAGUCCAGCUGUUCCCUGGACCCUCUCCAGUAUCUCAACACGGAGCAAACCCAGGCCACGGUCAAGUUGGCUGCAGGACACAAAUUUGACAGGGAUGUUGAACUGCUGAUUUAUUACAAAGACGCCCACCAGCCCACUGCUGUGGUGGAGGCAGGACAGGCCUCUGCCAAGCCUGGCACUCUGAUGGGGGACCCAGUAGUGAUGUUGAGCCUGUACCCAGAGUUCCCACAGGCUGUGAUGUCUUCAGUGGCCUCAUGUGGAGAGUUUGUGUUUUUACUGGAUCGAUCUGGAAGUAUGGAUUCACAUAUAAACAACAGCCAGAGCUGUCCGACUCGCAUUAGCAGUGCCAGGGAUACUCUGCUGCUCCUGUUGAAAAGCUUACCAAUGGGCUGCUUUUUCAAUAUCUACAGUUUUGGUGACAGCUAUGAACACAUCUUCCCGAAGAGUGUUAAGUACAGCCAGGAGACCAUGGAGGAGGCUCUGAAGAAAGUUGAAAAGAUGGAUGCUGAUCUGGAAGGAACAGAGAUCCUGGAGCCUCUCAAAAAUAUUUACAGCCAACCCUGCAUUCCAAAUCAACCUCGACAACUAUUUGUCUUUACUGAUGGAGAGGUGGGCAAUACCAAAGAAGUUAUCAGUCUGGUGAAGAAGAAUUCAGGUUCCCACAGGUGUUUCUCUUUUGGGAUUGGGGAAGGGGCCAGCUCUGCUCUUAUCAAUGGGUUGGCCAAGGAAGGAGGAGGCCACGCUCAGUUCAUCACAGGGGCUGACAGGAUGCAACCAAAAGUGAUGCAGUCGCUGAGAUUUGCUCUGCAGCCAGAUGUGGUGGACGUCUCUGUCACAUGGGAUUUACCAAAGAACGUCUCUGUCACUGUCCUCUCUCCACCAAUCACAGCACUUUUCCAGGGACAAAGGUCACUGAUUUAUGCUCAGCUGACUGGACAGAGUUCAGAGGCAGCAGAGGGCUGCGUGACGGCGAAGUACAACCUGGCAGGUCAUCCCACUCAGAACCAGCUGCACUUCAGUCUCAAACCUGCAGAGGACACUGGGUUAACGGUUCACAAGUUGGCUGCUCGGACUCUGAUUCGCUCCCUGGAGAUUGAGGAGACGGAGGAUGGAGGAGAGCAAGAUGAGGCAGUGAAGAAGAAGGUGGUGGAGCUCAGUGUCCAAUCAGGAGUGAGCAGUGCCUUUACUGCCUUCAUUGCUGUCAACAAAGUGAAUGGUGAGGUGAUUCUAGGACCUCUGGUGUGCAGGGAUGUUCCAACGCGCAGUUGCGCUUUGCGCGUUCUUUGCCUGGAUGAUUUUGAUGAGGAUAAUCCAUGGAUAAAGGUUACUGCAAAGUCUCUCAAGAGAAAAGUAAACUCGGUUUUCAGAAGAAUUGGCAACUAUUUUAAGCCUGGUCAGAGAGCCUCAGCUCAGACCAAUGGUGCAGGAAUUGCAGCCAGCCAGCCACCCAGAGACUCUUUGCUGCAGUUGGUCUCCCUCCAGAUGGCUUGUGGCUGUUGGGUGCUAAAUCCAGCUCUGGGUGCUGCACUGGGAAAGACCAGCGAGGAGGUGGAGAACACAAAGCCAGCAUUGGUGGGUUACUGUCAGGUGACCCAGGAAGUGUGGGCCACCAUUCUGGCUCUGAUCUGGCUUCAUGGUUUCAAGAUGGAUGCUCAGGAAGAGUGGGAGCAUCUGGCUUUCAAGGCUGUGUCAUGGCUCCGUGCUCAGAAUGCACCAUGUGUGACGGAGUGUGUGGAAGCCGCAAAUGCACUGUUGGGUUGCAACGUGCAGAAAGACGCCCUGGGGCUCUGAGGUUUACAUUAAAGGGGCUUCACUUUAGUACUGGUAUGCAGAAGAAGAUUUACUGGGUCCUACAGUCAUUACAUAAUCAACAUUAUGCUUUUGCAUAUUCACAUUUAAUUGUGCAGUUUUUUGUUUAGGCCAUUGGAAAUUAAUUAAUUCAUGAAUGACUUAGUUUUGCACUACUUUCUAAAAAAAGUUAUUUCAAUUUGCAAAAUCAUUUGUACAUCCGGUGUCAGACAUGUGACACAGACUUGACUUUGCCUUGAAACCUAAUGUGAGGUUCUACAUAAAGUAGUCAACUUGGGAAAAUUAAACCUGGAUUAAUAUGUGAAUGAGGAUUAAGCAACCUUCAGCUUGUGUGUGAAGCCAACAUAUAUUUUCACAAAGAGUGUGUUCAUGCCAAAGAUAUGCUCUGCUCAUUCACAAACUGACAGACACAGGAUUUAAAAAGCAUUUGGUGACAUUAGGACAGCUGGCUGUCUCAACUGUGGUCUUAAUGUGGCUGAUGUAAGUGGAGCAGUUUCUUUUUGCGUAAAAAAUACCUUAUCAUGAAUUGUUUUUUGAGUAAAGUCAGGAGACGUGUAAUGGGUAUAUCAAGCCCAGCUGGUCACAGUUUUACUGUAAUAAUAAUAAGCACUUACAAAGCAGAGUGUGGUUGCAUUUCUGAGUUAACAAUAACCUUAACAUAUUUAACAUUCUUUUAAAUAAUCACAUAGUAUUUUCCUUCCUGCCUACAAAUUGAACAUCUAUACUGAUACUGUAGAAGAAAAUGUCACUAUACUGUAUGAAAUGAUACAUGGAUAAGGAGAAUAUUUACUGUGUCACUUCUCAUUCUAUGCCAGUCAACCUCAUGUAACCUUUUAUUGACCCCUGUUGCUUCACUGGGUAUUUUGCUGCCUCCUAGUGGUCAAUAUGUGCACAUCCUGCACAGAAUACAAUCACAAUAGCUUUGGCUUACUGCUCCUUAUGAAAAUAAAAAAUUAAUUAAA